GUGCUGCAGGUGGAGGCUCGGGGGCUCUGCACCAAGCCCGUGGGCACGGGCACGGCGCCGCCAAAGAAUGUAGUGGCACCACAGGGAAGCACCAAGCUGCUUGCCAUCAAGGCACCAGUUGCAUUUCCUAAAACGUUGUCUUCUAGCUCUCUCCUACUGACCACAAAGAAAGGUGAGAGCAAGUCUAGUACUAACCUCGAGGAAGCCUCAGAACCUUCUGUUGAUGACCCAAGGAAGUUCAUGUCAAGGAAAACUGUGGUUGCAUUUCCUCAGCGAGUAGUUUCUUCUCUUGAAAAGGAAAACCUCACUACACCUGCAACAGGAGGAGGCUUGAGGAAAGAGAUAGUUGAGGAUCAAACUUCAUCUUCAUCCAGCUCAGAGUCAGAUUCUAGCUCAGAUUCUGAGGAAGAAAGUGAUGAUGUUUCGAAAGUUGCCACUAAAACUAAAGUUAAGUUUCCUAGACGAAAUCCCAUCUUUUCUGAGGACAUAGCAGCAAAGGCAUCAAUGCUAGCAAAACAGAAUUUGUCCCAGAAAUCCCACAGAGAACAUGGAGCCAAGAAGCCACCACGCAAAACAGAAACUGAUGUGUCUCCUGUCAAGCAGGUCAAAGUUUCUAAAACACCAGUCAGCCAUGAAACAUCAAAAUCCCAAGCAAGAGACCCCAAGGUCAAGCCCACUCCAAAAGCAGCAGAUCAGCAGGUGCUGGUCUUGGAACCACGUGUGGUGGAAGGCCAAAGCCUGACUGAUGGUGCUCGUAAGUCUGACUAUCUGGAGGACAAGUCCAUUGGAACCCAAGUAGCAGCUAUUCAGCUGAAACCUCCAGCAGCAACUCAGGAAGACAAAAAGCAAACAGUGGUAUCCAGAGGGGGGAAAAAAAAGGUGAAGGAGGCACAGGAAUUGGAAGCAAAAGAAGUAACUCCUAAAGUGGCAGAGACUUCUGGAAGCACAACGUUGGUGGUGGACACUGCAGCAAAGGAGGAGGCCGUGCAGGAAGCAGCAGUCCAGGCUGGAGAAAGCAGCACAACAGAGGAGCCCAGAGCACCUGCUGAGCCUGCCCCAGAGGAGUUUGACAAUUCCACCUACAAGAACCUUCAGCAUCACGAAUAUCACACCUAUACCUUUGCUGAUUACACUGCUGUUCUCUCCAAAUUCAGGCAGCCUCAGCCAUCCUCUGGAAGACAAUCCCCAAGGCACUGA